AUUUUUUACUAUAAAUACCUAAUCAUCUAUUAAAAAUGACAUCAACAGCGAUAAAAGUGGCAGGGAUAGCAAAAGAUGUAUCGCCACUGUACUAUAGAAUCCUCACGAGAUUUCCCCAAAAUUUUACCUUUUGUUUCGCAUAUGGAUCAGCUGUGAAACCUCAAAUAGGCAACGUGAAAAAGCACAACAUGAUAGACCUUAUUUAUUGCGUCGAUAACUCCCACCGAUGGCAUGGAGCUAACAUCGAGCAAAACCCUUCUCAUUACUCCGCUCUACGGUUCUUAGGUAAAGGAUUUGUUGCGAGAUUUCAAGAGAACUGGGGAGCUAAGGUUUAUUUUAACACUCUUGUGGAACUCAAGGAAGAAAAUGUUACCAUUAAGUAUGGAGUUGUUUCACAAAAAGACCUGAUUGCUGAUCUCCUAGAUUGGAAUGACUUGUAUUUAGCUGGUCGGCUACACAAACCUGUGGAAAUCAUAAAGGAAACAAAUAGCUCUCAGUUACAAAAUGCCUUGCAGUCAAAUCUACGUUCUGCUGUUCAUACCACCUUACUUAUCUUACCGGAAACCUUCUCAGAGUAUGACUUUUACUUUGCCAUUUCUAAUCUGAGUUAUGCUGGAGACUUUAGAAUGACUUUUGGAGAGAAUAAGAACAAAGUGAGGAAUAUUGUUCAACCGCAACUAGCAAAUUUCCGUGAACUAUACAGACCAAUCUUGCAACAAUUCCAUGCCUAUGUAGACUUUCCCUCGGGAGAAGCACAAUGCCAUCAAGAUUUGCAUCCAGAAACAAAACUACAUCACUUGAUGCAGCUGCCCAUGGUCCCACAACAGCGGAUCGUGAAGUUUUGGAACCAUGGGGGUCUCCAACAAGAUAUGGAAGACGUCCUCCGUGCCGUCGCAUAUGACAUUGAUUGUGCUAUCAUAUUAAGACAAAUCCUUAAAGAUUUAGUAUGGCAAUCUAGUGUGAGGCAGUCAUUAAAAGGAAUACUUACGGCAGGAUUUUUAAAAUCCAUCCGAUACAGUGCAAAGAAAAUUGCAAAAAUGUUUUAAAUAAAAGUACCUAUUAUGUUUAACCUUCAAUGAUACUAUAAUUAUAAUAUAUAAUGUAAUAAAGCUAGUAUAUGAAACAUUUGUAGUCUA